AUGGGGUUCGAAGAGGGGUUCUUCAUUCCAGGUACCCUUUUGAACCCGACCCAUAUAUAUUCCUCUCUCUCUCUCCCUCUCUCUCUUUCCGUCUCUCUGUUCUCCUCUCCGUGGGAUCUCGAAACCCUAGCAAUGGCGAUCGCGGCACUUCGUCGCCUCCCCCUCCACCUCUCCCGCUCCCCAGUCCUCUCCCGGAGCUGCGCCUCCGCCGCCUCCCCCGUCGCCGCGUCCUCCUCCGUCGCCACCCGCUCCGCCAAGGUCGCGGAUCGCAUCGUGAAGCUCUUCGCGAUCGACCCCGACGGGAACCGGCGCGAGGUGGUGGGGCUCUCCGGGCAAACCCUCCUGCGCGCGCUCGCGAACGCGGGGCUCAUCGAGCCCGCGUCGCACCGCUUGGAGGAGAUCGACGCGUGCUCGGCCGAGUGCGAGGUGCACAUCGCCCAGGAGUGGCUCGAGAAGCUCCCUCCGCCGUCGUACGAGGAGCGCUACGUCCUCACCCGCGCCUCCCGCAACCGCAUCCUCAACAAGCACGCCCGCCUCGGGUGCCAGGUCGUGCUCAGCCCCGAGCUCCAAGGUAUGGUCGUCGCCCUCCCCGAGCCCAAGCCCUGGGACACCCCCUAAAAAUUAGGGCUUUUUUUAUUGGGAUCAUACCGGCAUUUCGAUCCCUCUCUUGGCGCAGUUGGGGGGUUCUUACGCAUUUUGAUGAGUGGAAAUAAUGAUUGAUGAUACUUGUUUGCAUGUUUUAUUACACUAGCUGUUGUUCUCCUGUUGAGGAUUGAUGAAGUAACUUGCUUUUUCUUAUUGACUCAUUUUUCUGGAUAUGCACAAGUUUGAUUUGCAUUAUGUGUAAAUUUUGUUGUUGAAAUAAGUUUUGAGCUGGGGGAUUACUUACUUA